AUGGACUACGCGACGACAUUGAUCCUCGACUCAACGUUAACCCUGGUUCACUUGUCAUGCAAGGACUACCUCAUUGGAGCUCCUAUGAUGAACAACAAGCCAAACAAUUCCCAUAUCGACGCGGUUACUGCCAAUCUUGAGAUGGGUCUUGAUUGUCUCUCAUAUCUCGCACUUGACGGAUUUGCAGCCCAUGACCUUGGAAUUGCGUGUGAGCAGCACAAGUUUCUCUCGUACGCCUACGAAUACUGGUUUCACCAUCUUGAGGGCCGCAACGAUCUAGCAGAAGACACUUGGCACUACCUUUCACGGCUUUUCGAUCUGUCAACAAAACGUGUGAGGUGGUAUGAUAUUAGUGAGCUCGUUCUUCGUCUGUGGCACCAUAACUUGUAUCGCCUGUUCGAAUCAGGGGUCAAACCACCUUUUCAGCUGGAUCUUAACAUUACCGACACUUACGGCGAUCACUUCAUACAUGUUGUCGUUACCGACAUGCGCAAGUUGCCACUUGAGACUAUGCGCUUUCUGACCAGCCUAGGCCUAGACAUCAACGGCAGAACUCGGUUCAGACAGGCUCUAUUACACAGGUGCAUUCGAGGGUGGUAA